AUGGCCUCGACGCGCCCGGACAUCCAGCGCAGCAGCGCAGCCUUUGAUACCUCCAUUGGCAUCACUGAGAGGGUCUCUACGCCACCGACGUUCUGGCAGGGAAUCAUGCGACACAGACGUACUGACUUCCUAGUCAAUGAAAUUCAGAAAGACGGAUCUGUCUUACACUUGAGGAACUGCAAUAUUGAGGCACCCAAAGAUAACAAUCGGCCACCCCCGACUCCCUCAUUGGAGAAUGAUGCUGCUGAGAAGCCAGAUAUUCCGGUAGAGGACGUAGCAGCUCUCAAAGAUCUCACGUCAACCGAGUUUGCAGAGAAGCUGGUAGACAUGUACAAGUCUGCCAACGCGCAGGCGAAGACUUCGGCCAGCACUGGUCUCAUCGAAGACAAAGCAACAAGAUCCAAGAUUCACCAAGAAGUGAGAAGGAUAUUCAAGUCUGAAAUCGACACCACAACCGACCCAACGGGCGCCAUCGUCGCCAGCAAGCGCAAAUCCAACCGCACCAAGAACAAGAACAAAGGUUCCAAGCUCCGCGUCGACUGUCCCGGCAGCGGCGAAUUCCUCCACUUCACCCUCUUCAAAGAGAAUCGAGACACCAUGGAGGCCGUGAGCCUCAUCUCCCGCAUGCUGGCGCUCAAGUCCCGCUCGAUCAACUUCGCGGGUACCAAGGACCGUCGCGCGGCUACCGUGCAGCGCUGUUCCGUCCGCCAGCGGACAGCCACCGACCUUGCUAGACUUAACCCUAAGCUCUACGGCAUGAAGACCGGCGAUUACAUGUAUAGCCAUGACGCUAUACGUCUGGGCCAGCUCAAGGGCAACGAAUUCACCAUUGUCGUGAAAGACUGCCACUUUUCCCAGGACCAGGGAAAGUCCGUGUCCGAGAGAGUCGAGACCCUCCAGUCGUCCUUACAAGGGACGCUAGACAGCAUGUACAAAAACGGCUGGAUCAACUACUUCGGCCACCAGCGCUUCGGCAGCUACGCGACGGGCACCAACAAGAUCGGCAUGAUGAUCAUGGGCGGCAAGUUAGAGGAAGCAGUCAACGCACUUCUACAAUACGACCCCUCGGUGCUCGACGACCCGCCGCCGGCGGACCUGCCGAAGAGCAACGCCAGGCACGACGAGUACAACCGCGCGCUCGCUUGCCACGUCUUCCAAACCCAGCACAACGCCACUCAGGCCUUGAAACACCUUCCCAAGCGCUUCGUCGCCGAGUCCACAAUCAUCAACCACCUCGGUCGGUCGCCGAGCGCGCGGGGGGACUACGCCGGCGCCUUACUCCACCUUCCCCGGAACUUACGCUCAUUGUACCUCCACGCUUACCAAUCCUACGUGUGGAACCAUGCGGCUAGCAAACGCUGGGCUCUCUACGGCGGAAAAGUCGUAGAAGGCGACCUCGUCAUCAUCGACGACAAAUCUGCUGCUGCAGAACAAACCGAAGCCGGCGAAGACGAGGAAGAAGUAGUCACCGAUCUUCCCGAAGACGACGACGAUGAAAUCGCCGUCUCCGCCCGGCCCUUAACCGCCGAAGAAGCCACUAGCGGCGCCUAUACCAUCUUCGACGUCGUUCUCCCCAGCGCCGGAACGAGCACGCUUCUCCCGAAAAACGCCGUUGGCGAAUUCUACCGCGAGUUCAUGGGCCGCCCCGAGAACGGCGCCCUGGAUCCGUUGAAUUUGCCGAAGAGCCACAAGGAGUUUACGGUGCCGGGGAGAUAUAGACACCUUAUUACGAGGUUCCAUGAUGCGCCGAGCGUAGAGGUGCGCGCGUACGCGGACGACAAUGAGCAGAUGUAUCCUACGGACUUGGACCUUCUUAUGAAGGAGAAGAGGGAGCAGGAGGAGCAGGCGAGGAAGCAGAAGCGUGGCGGCGUUGGGAAGAGAAAUUUGGAAGACGAGGAAGGAGAGACGUCUGGGGAAAAUCCGGCUAAGAAGACGAAGGUCGAGUCGGAGCCUGGGGUGGAGGCUCCAGCGGAUGUGGAGAUGGCGGGGGCGGAGGAGACGAAUACCCCUGUGGCGGACAAGGUUGCUGCUAUUCUGCACUUUCAACUGGGUAGGAGUGCAUAUGCGACGGUGGCUAUCAGGGAGAUGGGUCUUUCGCCUGAUGAGCAAGCUGCGGGCAGUCGGUCUUGA